AUGCAUGAAACAGGUAAACAGGCUCAAGUUCUGAGAGAGAUGAAGGAAAACAGGUUACAUGUACUAGGGAUAAGUGAGUGUAGAUGGACAUAUUGUGGGAAGAAUAUUGCCAGUACUGGUGAAGUUAUUGUGUACUCUGGAAGAAGGGACAAUCAAAAUCAUGAGGGAGUAGCAAUCAUUCUAAGUAAAACAGCAGCAAAAGCAUUAGUAGAAUACCAUCCUGUAAAUGAAAGAAUCAUCAGAGUAAGACUGAAAACAAAACCUGUACAGACAUCUAUAAUACAGGUUUAUGCCCCUACAAAUGAAGCAGAAGAUGAGAUUAAAGAGGAAUUCUAUGGGGCUCUACAGGCCGAAUUUCAAAAAGUUCCAAAGCAAGAUCUGACGAUCAUCAUGGGAGAUCUUAAUGCGAAAGUUGGAAGCGAUAAUGUCGGUUAUGAAAGGGUUAUGGGGAGGCAUGGCUGUGGAAAUAUGAAUGAGAAUGGCGAAUACUUCAUGGAAUUCUGUGGAAACAACAACAUGGCCAUUGGUGGUACACUGUUCCAGCAUAAGGAGAUACACAAAUUUACAUGGAUGUCACCUGGAGGGAGAGAUAAAAACCAAAUCGACCACAUUGCUAUCAAUGGUAAAUUUAAAAGAUCUUUACAGGAUGUAGGAGUGAAGCGUGGUGCUGAUGUUGGAAGUGAUACCACCUUGUUACUGCCAACAUAA